UUUCGGCUGUCGAAAGCACCGUUCGAGCAUUUCGAAUUUUCUAUGUAAUAUUCUAUGUGUAUUCUCUUCAAAUAAUUUUUUCCAAGAAUAUUUUCAUUUGAUAACUUCUCAGAUGGAUACAUCAGCAGAAUCGGACCCUCCUUCAAGAAGAUACGUGCUCCCCUUUGGUUCUCUGUCUCUGACUGGAAGAAAAACAGUUUAUACAAUUACUCAACCAGGGACAAUGAACGGCAUUCAGCUCCAGCCUAUGCCCAGAUACAAACGGACUGAAUUCGACGAAGAAGAAACCAGCAGCAUGGCGAGUAUGGCCGUCGACGCCCCCAUGGUCGUCAAUCCAACAAGUGGUUUCUCCAGGACGGAUGGCACCCAAGUUCGGUACUCUCCCGGCAGGAAACGCAAUUUCUGGGAGCGGGCGUCGCCUUUGGAGAAAUUCCUCAUGGUUCUCGCCGUCGUCCUUCUCUUGCUAGUCAUCAUCCUGUCCGCCGUGCUGAACUCCUAUUCCGGAUCGCAGACCGUUAGAGUUGUCCACAUAUCCGCCGCCAACGGGUCAACGAUGAGCACUAAUGCUACAGAGUAUUGCGUCACUCCAGCUUGCGUAACUGUUGCUGCGGCUAUACUCAAUGCCAUGGACCAGUCCGUGGACCCUUGCACAGACUUCUACCAGUAUUCGUGUGGAGGAUGGGUCAAGUCCAAUCCUCUUCCGGAUGGAAAGUCAAUCUGGGGAACAUUCGGCAAGCUUUGGCAAGAGAAUCAAAUCAUUAUGAAGAAUGUACUAGAGGAUGAAAACUUUGAUCUGAAGAGUGAUGCGGAGAAGAAAGCCCGCAUCUACUACCUGUCCUGCUUGGACAAGAAUGAAACCGUAGACAAACUGGGAGCUCAGCCAAUGCUCGACCUGCUGAACAAGAUCGGAGGCUGGAAUAUCAGUGGGGACUUCAACAUCAGCCAGUGGAACUUCCAGAGGACGCUCGAGAUCCUCCACAACCAGUACAGCCGCGGGGGGCUUUUCUCUUGGGGUGUCGGGGAAGAUGAGAGGAACUCUUCCAGAAAUAUUCUGCAGCUGGACCAGGGAGGAUUGGGCUUACCCACCAGAGACUACUACCUCAACAAAAGCAAAGAUGAUGAAGUCCUGACUGCUUAUUUGAAUUACAUGACGAAGGUCGGCGUGCUGCUCGGGGGAGAGGAAAAUUCCACGAGGGCCCAGAUGGAAGAUGUCAUAGAUUUUGAGACAAAGCUGGCAAAUAUUACCAUUCCAUCGGAGGAGAGACGAGAUGAUGAAGAAUUGUAUCACAAGAAGACUAUCAGCGAACUGCGGGAGCUGGCCCCCGUCAUCGACUGGACGCAGUACUUCAAUUCCGCUUUCAAACAGGUGGAUCGCGAAAUAUCCAACUCCCAAGAAAUCAUCAUUUAUGCUCCAGAGUUUAUCAGGAAGAUGUCAGAAUUGGUUACUCAAUAUCUCUCAACUCCUGAAGGAAAAAUAGUUAUCAGCAACUAUCUGGCGUGGUCUUUGGUGCAAAGCCUGGUGGCUCGUCUCUCUAAACCCUUCCGGGAGGCCUCGAAGAUUCUACGGAAGGCACUGGUAGGAUCGGAAGGAGGAGAGAGCCCUUGGCGAUACUGUGUCUCGGACACGAACGAAGUGAUUGGAUUUGCUCUGGGCGCCAUGUUCGUCAGGGAAGUCUUCCACGGAGAGAGUAAGCCCAUGGCUGAAAAUAUGAUCAAUGAAAUUCGCACCGCCUUCAAAGAAAACUUGCCGCUCCUGAAGUGGAUGGAUCCAGAAACGCGGAAACUGGCAAAAGAAAAGGCUGACUGGAUCACGGAUAUGAUUGGAUUUCCAGAAUUCAUUUUGGAUCCGAAGAAAUUAGAUGAAAAGUACGAAGGGUUGGAGUUCAACGAUGACGAAUAUUUCCAAAACAAUAUUGUAGUGGAGCAGUUCUCUCUGAAACAAAAUAUGAAAAAGCUCGACAAACCUUCUAACAGGAGUGAAUGGAAAAUGACGCCUCCUACUGUAAACGCCUACUACACACCCACCAAAAAUCAAAUAGUUUUUCCGGCUGGAAUUCUUCAAGCACCUUUCUAUGAUCCUCACUAUCCCAAGUCACUUAAUUUCGGCGCUAUGGGAGUAGUUAUGGGCCAUGAACUAACUCAUGCUUUUGAUGAUCAAGGUAGAGAGUACGACAAAUUCGGGAACCUUCAUCAGUGGUGGAAAAAUUCGACGAUCGAGAGCUUCCGAGAGCGAGCUCAAUGCUUUGUCGAUCAGUACUCUUCUUACGAAGCAUAUGGCGAAAAUCUGAAUGGAAAACAGACUCUCGGAGAAAACAUAGCUGAUAACGGAGGUUUAAAAGCAGCGUUUCAUGCCUAUCAAGACUGGGUGAAGCAACACCCAAAAGAACUUCCAUUACCCGCAGUUCCUCUGUCGAAUAAUCAGCUGUUCUUCAUAGGAUUUGCCCAAGUGUGGUGCUCCACCAGCACACCAGAAGCAAUGCAUUUACAAGUGUUGAAUGAUCCUCACAGUCCGGCUAAAUAUAGGGUUAUAGGUACAUUAUCCAAUUCUGUGGAUUUCGCUAGAGAAUUUAAGUGUCCAGCCAAAAGUGCCAUGAAUCCUGCUACUAAGUGCGAAGUGUGGUGAGAUGGACAUCACAAAUUAAUAUAGGAAAAGAGUAUUUCCAGAGGAUCGGAAAAAAGAAUGCCAAUAUCUUAUCCAAGGAAUUCGUGGCCUGUUAUUCGGAAACUUUUUCCUUUCCUUGAAUUGUAAAUUCGCUGAAAUGAAGCUCCUCGAUCUCUCAAGUGAAUUUAAAAAACAUUGAAAACUGCCAUUCUUAUGAGAAGCACAUUUCCUUGGAUAAGUUACCUAAUCUGUUGAAGAGUGAUUUCAGUUCUGUCAUCUGCAAUUUCUUCAGUUUUUUGCAAUUACCAAAGAAGACCCCGUAGCAUAAUGAUUUCGUUAUUAUUUAUUUUUAUGGCUAUAUUUGUUGAAUAAUGUUUAUGUUUUUGAGUAUUUUAUUGUAAGUAUGCGAUUACAUCAUAAGGGUCCAUAUUUAAUCGUUCUGUGUAACUCAUCUGUCACUAUGGCUUUCAACAUACAUCCAUUAUUAAGUGUUUCUUCAGAUGUUAUCAAUGUUGUUGUAAUAUAAGUGAUGUUGUGUUAUAUUGUAAUCUGCAUAUCCCAUAGCAAUGUGUUUUGUCAUAGAUGGCUCAAAGUAGAGUUUACUAUAUAUAUUGAUAUAUUUAUAUUUUUGGCAAUGGAUUAUAUUAAACCACUUAAAAAUGUAUUUUAUAUACUUCAUGUCAAGCCGAAUAACACAGGUUUGCGAAAUUUCACAUUUUUUUUAUCUGGGGUUUAUUUAAAUUCGUGAGAUUUUAAUGAAAAGAGAUUUUUUUUUAAAAAAAUACUUUGACCUUAUUAUGCAAGCCAAUAUUUCCAAAAAUCUGCUUGAAAUAAAGUUUCAACAUAAAUUGUUAACCAAUUAUUUGGAACAGAAUAUAAGAUUUAUUACCUGUAAAGUAGCUUCUUAAUCAUUUUUGUUGGGCAGCUAAUUAAAAUAAGCAAAAUUUUCUUAACUCUUUUAUUACCUUACUUUCAUGCACAAUUCUAAUAAUCUUUUAAAAGAAAAGCAUUUUAAAUCAUUUAUAUAUUCUAGUCUUGGAUUUUAAGUUCCUUUACGAAAAAUUUCUAUUGUUUGAAAAAAGAAGGGAAAAAAUGUUGCCAUAAAAUGUUUGCUUUGUUUAAAAUCUCGAAAUAGUUAAAAACGAAAUAGAUUUUCGAAAUGAUCACCGUAUUAAACAUAUUCCAUAUUAAUAUGCAUAUUAAGUUGCUUUCUUUUCGGAGAAAAAUUGAUAGGGAAUAAAUUUAAAUGUGAAAACUAUCACAAUCAAAAUUAAUGAAUAAUUAGAAUUAAUGAAUAAUUUAGAAUUCGCAAGCUCUAUUCUUAGAAACGUUAUACCGAAGACGGAAUUUUCGCAAAUGUAAUAGGGAUUGAAUAGCUUUACCUCAGACUUUGGCUGACCUGUGUAAUUCUACCACACUGCUUUUCACUAUUUAAAUAUUAAAUUUAACAUGCGAAGUAUCAAGCUUCAUAAGCUUGAUUAUAAGAAAAGAAGUGCUUAUAUUGAAUGAAAUGGUGUUAGUUUUGGAUGUUACCAAAGAUUUUACAAAAAUAGUAAUUUUUUGGGCAAAUGAAUGUAUAUACUUAUAUCAGUAUUUUACUCGUUAGGUGAAUUUUUUUUUCAUAACCUAAUAGAUACCCUACUUAGAAAAGGAUUUCAUAAACUAUGGCUCGCAACUUCAAGUAGAAACAUUGAAUCUAAAAUAACUUUUUUCAGACUUUUACAAUAGCUAUUUCAGUCGUAAUUAUCACCAUAAAUUAAAAAUCGAAAAUAAAUGAAUUUUUUUAAUUAAAAAUUGUUACUUUUCAAAACAUUUUCAAAGUGAUGUAUAUUACAAAAUUCUAUCUGACAUUACUUACAUAAUACAUGGAAUAUCAUAACAUAUCUUGCGUUAAAAACUAUUCCAUCAUUUGUUCCUCCAAAAUUCAGAAAUAACAUCAUGCGUGUAAUUUCACUUCAAUAAAUUGGUUACAAAUAUAUACCGAAUCGAAAUUUCAAGACAUUUUUAUCUUCCUUUUAAAAAAAUUAUAAGUCAUAAAUAUUUAUUUCAUAUGUAUAUGAGCUAACAUUGGAACAAAUUUAUUUUUCUAAGAGGGGAAUUGGCAAAAAUAAAUAAAUAAAUAUUUUUAAUAAUGGUAAAAGGGUCCUGAGCUUGGAAAAGUAAAACAAGCCCCUAUUUAGACCUUUAAAAAUGUCUCUCCUCUCGAAAAAUGAGAUUUAACAUAAAAAAGAUAAUUUAUGCCUUUAAGAAUAUUCUAGUUAAGUUUUUUUUUAAAUUAAUCAGAUUUUAUCUGCCCUUCGAAGCUAUGAACUUCGAAUGAUUGUUAUAGAUAAUAAUAUCUACAUAGCAAAGAAUAUUAUUGCAUUUUCAUUAAAGGAUGAAACAUUAAAACAGCAUUUAUAAUGUAUAUAUAUCAAAAAUAUUGUCUAUUACGAAAGAAAUGGGAAGAAACAAUAAAUUAAUGAUCGACAAUAAAUUAACAUUUUAUAAUAUUAAUGAUAACUUUAACAUAUCACUUAAUAAUUGAAAAUUGAAAUAUAUUUCAUAAUUAUCUACCAAAAUUUUUUUAAGAAAACCAUUUUCUUCGUUUUUUAUUAAUUUCUUAUUGAUAUGAAUAGAACUAAUGAUAAAUAUAUGUUUAAUAAAUACACUUUUGCCAAAAAAAAAAAAAAAAGGCACAGUUGAAAUCAGGAAUCUUAAAUUGCGUUAUGCAAAUGGGUCGACUUAUUGUUUUACUAGAUAUCUUAGUUGCACAGACGGUCUAUACGGACAUUCCAAUAUGAAGUUUAUCAAGUGUAAAUAAAUGCUCUUGGAUAAAUUCUAAAAUAUACAAUUUUGUUUGUGAUAUUUAUGCAUUAUAUUAUGCUAAAAAUAUCCAACAAUUUAAUUUCCAUAUGAGAAAUGAAGCAAUACUAAGGAAAGAAAAAGAUUCACUAAAGAAAAAAUGAUAUUCAUCAGUCUUAAAACUAUUCUAUCUCAAAUUACUAAUACCCAAUUCAUUUAACAAUUCAUGCAAAAAAAAAUAAGAGAAACAAUACAAAUAAUUUCAUAUGCAAAUUACAAAAUACCUUAAUAUAAAAUUUAGAACAAAUGUAUAAAAAAAUCAGCUUUAUAAUGGAGUUCAAUAAUAUGUUUAUUUUAUAUCAUUGAUAAAUGUGGACCAAGUAUCUAUACAUAAUUUUAAAAGAACUUUUAUAAUAUUUUGAAGAAUUGAACAGAAGGGAAUGGAAGUGCUGCACUUUUAUUUCAAAGACAAGGUACUAUGCAUCAGUCUUAAAAGUAAAUAUUUAGUCGAUUGAUUUUCAGAUAGCUCCUUGUGCUUGUGUUAAAGUAAUAUAGACUUUUGUCCCGUCUUAAAUAUUGCAUUACAAUUUUUUUUUAAUUCAUUUCAUUUCUGGUUAUUUUCAUUUGAUUCAUGUAAUUUAGAUAUUUGUGACAAGUAGCCAGUAAUUUAAAUGUUUGUUAUUCUACUGAAGGUUAUCAGUCCUCUGGUAAUAUUGACUCAUAUUGUUAAAUUGAAAUUUGUCAAUUUGUUUUCAUUAUAUUGAUUCUGUCCAUGUAUAUAUGUGUUGCUGAAAUUAAUGACAUCAAUAUAUCGUUUUUUAAUAAAAAAUAUUGUGCUUUGAAUGAUAUUAUAACUUAUAUUGUUUUAUAGUACAUCUAUAUCUAGUCUCUAAUAUCUCUAUUUAAACAUUUUGAAAUAUAUUUAUUAUAUCUACAAUGUGCACAUGGCUGUUGUGAUGCACAUAAUAUUUAUGUUCUUAAUUCUUUUUAUUAUUCUAACGAAGAAUACCCAAUUUGAAAUUUAUAAUUUAGUCCUUACGAUAUACAUUUAGAAUUCUCUUUGAUUUUGUUUUGUAACUUUUAGUGAAGGAAAUAAAAUCAAUAGAUAACUAUGCUAUACGAGCUUAAAGAAACUGAAUUUUAAAUUAUAGUUUAUUCGAUGCUUUUACAACCAAACAUGAUUGUAAAGUAUCAAGCGUCGUUAUAUGUAAUUUUAUGCAAAAAAUUAUACGGAAUUUUAUGAAAAAUCAUUCACAAAAAUACAUACUGUAUGAUCUCCCGUUCAAGGAAAAAAGGCUUUAUAUUGUAUAUAUGUCAAUGUAAUAAAGUGUUGUUUGUGAA